GACCACGACCAACGAUCAUUUCGUCCGUGUCUUUCGGAGGAAAUCAAUAACCAGCCCUUCAGCUUGCUUUCCGUUCAGCGACUGGGGUUCCGCUGUCAACGUUCAGCUCACUAUUCGGUCUCGCAAUGAGCUGCGCAGACGACCUCACAGUGGACGACCUGAACGAUUCGUCAGCAACCGCUGUCUUGGAACGAGUGACCGCUGGACAAGGUAGCAAUACCAGUUUAUGGGCCUUCAUUGAUCGGGAUGGAGUGACCGGCGUCAACCUUCAGGACCCGACUGCAGCCCCAAAGAUCAUCAAGACAUGGGACAAUCGAUUCAAUGAGGAAGGCGUAGAGUCCGGAGUAGACGACGAGCUCAUACUCCAUAUCCCCUUCACUCAGUCUCUCCGGCUUCGGACGCUCUUGCUGAACACACCUGGUCCAUCGCAUCCGAAUAGAGCAGGUCGAUUACGGCUGUUUGCCAAUUUGCCCAAUUGUCCUGAUUUCGCAGACCUUAACGAUAUGACUCCAAUUAUGGAUCUGGACACGUCAUCACCACCGCCAACAGCUCGCAGAGGACCAGAUGGAACUCGCGAAGUGGAAGAGUGGAGCUUGAAAGUACAGAAGCUCGCCAAUGUUCAUUCGGCCACUUUGCUUUUUUCCGAAGCAGUGAGCGAGCGCCGGACGGCCGUAUGGUAUGUCGGUUUCAAGGGCGAUCCCAAGACUAUGACGAUGGAUAUGAGUCGGCUCGGCAAGGUCGAAGCCCAAAAUUCUGCUGAGAAUCCCGUGGACCAAGCCAAGCAGAGUCAAGGAUCUGGCUACACUACCAUACGAUGAUGCUUCGUCGUCCCCCCAAAUCAGCCGUGCUUCAUGAACCAUUCCUUCGAGUGUAGACUAAACACAUUAGAUGAUCUGUUGUGCAUCUACCAUCCGCCGUUGUAUUCUGCAUCGUAGCCAGCUUGUAUGAAAAAUUUCCGCCAGCGAGGCCCACAUGAGUC